AUGUCGGAAAGCAAUGUGACUGAGGAGGUGGUGAUGGCUACCACAAUGUCGCCCAUAUGUUGCAAUGCCACGUUUCCUUUGUUUUAUGUUUUUGUCACGGUAAUUGGCAUCUACUUUCAAAUUGCUACUAUUAUUGUAAGUUUGGCUCCGAAAGGGGAAGUUUCAUUAAAUAUAUCUAUACUUUAACAUUCCUACUUACGUAUAAUAAUUUUUGUUUGUAGGUAUUGAUAAAAGAAUCGUAUUACCGUAACAACAUUAGCUACCGUUUGCUGUGUGUCAUAGGAUUCGAGAACUUGUGUCAUAUGUUGGUGUUCAUGACCUUGAUUCCAUAUGGGUUUACUUGCAAACGACAACGAGAAGUUUAUAUUGCAGUAACGGGUAUUAUUGGCAACUUUUCUUUUUAUAUUAAUGGUCCUCUGGAAGUGCUGUUGGCUAUCAAUAGGUAUACUGAGAUAUGUAUUCCGCAAUUUAGAAGUGGGUUCAAGAUACGAUCUUUUUACAAUGUAGGUUUUUACAGGGAUCUUUACUUUGUAAUCAUAAUAUUAUUUUGAUAAAAGGUGUUAUAACGUUGUAAAGCAAUAACUUACAGUAUCAAAAGCAUAACAAUAGAAUAUAUGCAGGGCCGGGCGCGAGGGGGGGGACGGAGAGGGGGGGGGGACGGGGGGGACGGAGGGGGGGGGGUACCUCCCCCCCCAGAAAAAAAAUUUUGAAAAAAGUUAAACGUGGUCCCCCCUGUGGAUUUUCGGAAAAAAAAUUUUCGCAAAAAAUCGGCACAGCUACCUGUGCCGAUUUUUUGGACCCCCGCCCCCAGAUCAAAAGUCCCCGCCCGGCCCUGAAUAUAUGUAAUUUUAGAUACUUAUGGCAAUAAUAAUUGUGUUUAUCAUAAGUGCAACAAUGUGGAUGUUCACUGGAGAUGGUUGUAACAUGUACUACUUUUGUUACCGUCACAGUGUCUACAAAGACUGCUACAAGAUUGACUACGUUCAUGCUCGUAACUAUAUUAUAUACACUUGUCUGGUAGUUGAACUAGUGAUAUAUCUUGUUAUUGUGGGUCACAUACGAACACAGCGCACUCUAUAUGGCCAAGAGUUGAAGUUAAUGGGACCGGAGAGGAGGCUGCUGGUUAUGAGUAUCGUACACUUUGUGGUUACGUUGUGGAGACAGGCUGUGCAACAUGUUAACAACGCUUUCUUUGUCUAUUCGGUAAGGUAAAAUACGUUUUGGUUAUACGCAUUUAUAAGUUACAGGAAAAAGGCUUGUAAUAUUUUAAGUUUAAGGGUAUUUUUUAAAAGUAUUGUCAUCUACAUUAUUCUUAAUCUUUUAGCCGUUCUCUCAAGUUUCGUCAAUUACGGUAGUAGCGUUAUCAGAUGUUGUCAAUUCGAUUCUGCCAUUGUUCUUCAACAAGUAAGUUGAUGUGCUAACCAACAACAUACUAAUUAUACUUUAAUGUGGUUUAAUGUACGUAUUUAGACCUUUACUGAACGACAUCAGAAGGCUGUGUUUCUCUGGAGACUUGAGAUUGUUCACAGCACGGUCUUCUGUACUCAGCACGGGUUCUGUUCGGACGCAGAGUAUUGGUGCUUAA